AUGGCUGUUAAAACAAUCACCGAUGAAGAUCACUUCCAAACCGAACUAGCCGCAGCAGGAGGAAAAUUAGUCGUUGUGAAUUUUACCGCAGCUUGGUGUGGACCGUGCAGAAACAUAUCGCAUUUGUUCGAUCAGCUUCCGGCGAAAUAUCCAAAGGCUGUGUUUCUCAAGGUGAACGUCGACAGAUGUACCGAAAUGGCUCCGUCCCAGGGCAUGUCGACCAUGACAAUGUUUAUUUUCUACCGAGCCAGAACAAAGAUUGACAGGAUGCAGGGUGCAGACAUUAAUGGACUUGAAGCCAAAAUACAGAAACAUUACGUCGCCAACGUGGAUGAAUGUGGAGAAGAUUACGGUCAUGAAAUGUUGGACUUGUACACCUUCAUCCAGAAAAAAACAAGUGCGAAUGUUUAA